AUGAUGAUGCACAAUCACUUGUUGGGUCCGUCAUCUUCGGUUGCGAGCACUAGUGGGUUGCAAACGGCUGCUGCUCUCUCAGAAGGAGCAAUCUUAUCUCACGCUUUGAAUCAACCAAAAGAAGAGCUCAAAACACAUUUUACGACUAGGGAGGGUUCAUACAAAUUAAUGACUAUGGCGGAAUAUUCACGCCCAAAUAGGGUGCCAAUGAAUCAGGAACAAGAGGACUUUGAUUGUGAUGAGAAUUAUCGUGAGGACCUUGCAACAGCUGAUAGAAUUUGUUUCAAUGUUGGACGGGAACUGUACGUAUAUUUGUAUAAAGGAAUCCACACUGCUGCUGAUUUAAGUAAGCCAAUUGAUAAACGUGUUUAUAAAGGCACUUACCCUACCUGUCAUCAUUUCAAUCAGGAAACUGCUACUAGCACAAAUUGCAGCCUAAUAAUUGGAUUUUCCGCUGGACAAAUCCAGUUGAUUGAUCCGUUCCACAAAGAGUAUCAGGCGAGCCGCCUUUAUAAUGAAGAGAGGUUUAUCGACAAAACUGGUGUCACAUGUUUACGAUGGUUCCUGGGCGACAAAUAUUCGGUGUACACGUGUAAAGCGAAGACGACAAGAAAUCCUGUAUAUCGUUGGCAAAUUGGUGAAGGCGGAAUCAAUCAGUUUGCAUUCUCAGGACCGGAUGCAAAAAUGCUAGCUACUGUGGGACACGUUCAAUUUGAUCCUUAUAUGUGCACAAUUGACGGUGAGCAUGAGCUGAAUGGGAUUGGAGCUUUGGACAUUGGGUCUGAUGACGAAAAGCUUGCGCAUACACCUGGUGGAAUGAUUCAAAACGGACAGGAUAGUAGGGCUACUACACCAGUUAUAAAA